AUUAUAUUUAAUAAUUUAGACUUAAUAAAUCAGACAAAGCAUGAGCUUUAUUCAUUCACAGCAUCUGUCUUUCUCGAUGGAGAGGAGCCACCAGAAGCAUAGCUUUAGUACUUCUGCAGAAAAGAAAUCACCAAUCAAGGGUAUAAUACUUGCAGUUGUAUCGAUCAUAUGAUCAUCAUCGAUGCUACCUUGAGUGAAUAUGUACAAGGGAGUGUCUGUCUCUAUGAUAGGAGUCUGGAGAAAUCAGCUCUCGUGCAUAUACUGUAUCCCAAUUACUUGGUAUCUGAUAAAAAGAUUACCAAAAAUUGAUAAAAGAGUAUUCACUUGGGCGACAGUGGCAGAGAUUGUAGCUGCUGCAACCUUGUUCUGCACUGCCUCUGCGUUGUUCUUAAUGAGUUCUCGAUACACUUUGUACUCUCACACUAUGGUCCUAGCGAAUUCAGGGGGAGUCUUCUUGAUCAUAAUAAGCAUUUUCAGGCUUCUCCCAGUCAAUAGAUUUGAAAUAAUGGGAACUAUUGUGGUUGUUGGAGGUAUUAUUUCCCUCAUAAAUGACUCUCAAUCUACCAAGGCUGAAGGUGGGACAAAUAUCCUCCUUGGAGAUACCUUGGCAUUGCUAUCAAUGCCUUGCUACACAAUGGCAUACUUCUUUAAUGCAAGAGCUAUUCAAAAGUUGCCAUCACUUGUGGUAUUCCACUGCUUUAGUGUGGUCCAAUUAAUACUGUUUUUGCUCUAUGUGCUAAUAUUUAGCAAUAUUAGCAUGGGAGUAUUGCUAUCAACAGACCCCGUUAAUGGAUUACUUGGAUGGAGCGAUCCCCAAUGAUUCCUGCUCUCAACUCUCUUGGUUGGCCCAGUUUGAGGAGUAAUCGGGCUAGGCUGCUAUGUAUUUUUAUUGGAUUUCUUCCCUCCUCAUAUUGUGAAUGGAAUGUUUUUAAUGGAACCAUUCACAGGACAGCUCAUCGGAUGCAUUCUAGGCCAGGAUGGCUGGCCUACAGCUUUCACAUAUAUCGGAGCUACCUUCGUAACUCUCGGUCUUGGACUCACAAUCGUUGGGAAUAUCAACAAAGAUAGCCCAGAAGAAGACAAUUUGAAGGUUGACCUCGAAGUCGAGCUUUCUGAGAAUUCUCUAUUAUAGUUUCUCGAACGCACGAUGUAACUCAGAAUAUAACAUUUUUCAAU